AUGAGACAGCUGUCGAUCAGAUUCAACGCGGGCAAGGUGGCGUUUGACGAGGACACCAAGCGGUGUACGCCGUUGCCGCACAAGGGCUACAUAACCAUUGUCCCGGGCACGGACGAUCCUGAUUUCCUUCAGUUUACUUGGAAGUGCAAAGACGCCACCGCCGGCGGCGCCGUUGAGCCGGACGAGUUGGUGCUUAUCCCCGGCGACGUCACUUUCAAACACGUCAAAAGCUGUACCACCGGCCGGGUGGUGGCGUUGACGUUUUUGAGCUCCGGGGCUAAGCACUUGUACUGGUUGCAAGACGUGGGCGAUAUCGACAAUUUGGCGUUGUUGACGCCGAAGGAUGAGGCGAUUUUGAAAGACGUGGUCGAGGCCGUCGCCCUCGACGACGACGACGAGUAA